AUGGCACCUUCUUUGGGAUGUCCUUUCUGUUCCCACACUGUAUCAGAGUCAGAGCUUUAUGUCCUGCAACUCCACAUCGAGGAGCUGCACACAGAGGACUCUCCUUUCGUGGUUAGAGACAACAGCCCCGUUCCCUCCUCGUCUGCACUGCAACAGCAGGAGUAUUCCGGAAACAAUGGCAGCAGCGACGACACGUCAAGCCAAUAUGUCAGCUGCCCAGAAGAGGAGUGCGGCGAGGAAGUACUUCUUGUGGAACUCAACGAUCACCUUGACCUGCAUCUUGCAGAACGCCUUAAUCUUGACGAUUAUUCCAAUCAUUCUCAGCCAGACAAGAUGCACACUCCAGCUAUCACCACUCCUCGUUCAUCUUUCCAAGAGCAAAACUUCUCUACAGAUAUCCACGAAUCUCUACGCCAUGAGAACAAACGAAAGCGAGCCGACUCUGCUCGCAGCGACAAGACUUCGCUGAGCCGCACCAUCCUUAACUUCGCCGGCUUCUCGUCAAAGCAAAAAUACACGCCGGACAAGCACCGCAAAGACGUCUUUCGCUUAGGAACCAAGGAGCUCGGGCCGUACGCGUACGAAGACAAGAUGCCCAAGUGGCUCUACAACCAGCUCAGAGAAGGCCCCAAAAUCACUUUCGAGAACCACAUCAGCCGUGAUGGCCGUAUCAUCAAGCAGGAGAAGGUUGAGAACGAAACCCCCGGCCUCGUUCCUGUCCUGGCUCAACUCAGCGAGGCCGACCCUUCUGUCCGCGAAGCUUGGUUCUGUCACCCGGCCGCUGUGCACGUUGGUAGCACCAGAAACGAGGGCGGCUUCUGCGGGUACCGCAACAUGCAGAUGCUCUUUAGUUACGUCCAAGGGGCCCGCGCUCGGGGCUAUCAGUCCUUCCCCGGUAGGACUCCCGGUGUGCUCUGGCUGCAGGAUCGCAUCGAAGAAGCCUGGGACAAAGGUAUUGGUGCGGAAGGGCGGAUCCAAACAGGCGGCAUCAGGGGGACUAGGAAGUACAUUGGUACUCCUGAGGUCCACGCACUCCUCGAAAGUCUCAAUAUCCAGCACCAAACUAGUGCUUUCUUUGACUCUGCCGACGGGUAUCAGGCCCAUGAGAAACUCCUGGAUUUUGUCGAGGAUUACUUCAAGCUGGGCCAAGGCGAUGGGCACGACCGUGUUCACAAGACCUCGCUGCCGCCAAUCUACCUGCAACAGCCGGGCCACUCCAUCACCGUGGUGGGCUUCGAGCACCGGGCGGGUGGGGCUCGCAACCUACUCGUCUUCGACCCAAUGUUCAAGCCCUCUAAGGGUAUCUGCGAGCUUCUUGACAGAACGAGUAUUCGGACAUCACGGCCUAAAAUUCUUCAUGCACACCGUCGAGGCGCGGACAAGCUACAAAAGUUCGACGGCUUUGAGACAGUCACGUUGACCGCACCGCCGCCCGUCUUCCCCGCAUGGACUCUAAACUGGCUCAUACAGGUCAUUGAGCUUUUCCACGACACUCCGCACGUCUACGUCUUCUACAACUACCUUCGCCAGCGCUUCGAGAUGUUCCCCGAGGAAGACUUCAAACCGGAAUUCCCCUGGUUUGAUUACGGAGCCAUGUUUUGCACGGACAGCGCGCGCUUCGCACGUGUCCCGCAGUAUGCAGCACCCGUGGUCAAGAGUAUCGAUGGUGUCCCGGCACUCGUAGGACAGGGCUUCAGGGACUGGCACGCGUGCAAUCAGCUGUGCGACAAUGGAUGUUGGUUCAGGCCGGCUGAGGAGGAUAACAUCAUCGAAAAUUUCUGGUGGACCCCUAUCGUGCCGCAGCCUUCCAUGGUGGUGCCACAACGUCACUAUCACUGCGAGCAAGUGUCGGUGCCGUCUUUAUGGUCGUCGCCCGAAGCAUCCGUGUCUGAGAUCUCGGAAGAAUACAAGGCUACGGAGCCGUAUGAGGGAGUAGCGAAGCUCCGUGCUUACCGGGAUCAUAAGGCAGUGGAGAGGUGGCGGGAUGCCUGCGAUUCCCCUCUCGUUCACGAGCUAUUGUGCUUUUGCUCACCGGUGGUUGAGAUAAUUUAG